AUGGGCCGGCGGCACUUUAUCUUUGGCCCGGAUCCUCGCACGGCAGAUUCCACGGAGGUGCCUACAGCUCUGGUCGACGCGGAGAAGGUCCAGUCAAGACGUCACUUCCCUCCGGCGCAGGAGGCCUCAAAGGGUGGCACCGCAGACUGUCUAGAGAUCUACUCAAAGAAGCACUGUCCUCCGCCAUCUGCGGAGCAGAGUGAUGGGGCAAGCUGUGGUGUGAGGCGUUUUGACGCUGUGAAGCACAAGCAGUACGAUGAAGAGGUUGCAGACUCCAAAGAGGGACGUCGACACGUGCCCGGGCCCUCAAGCCAUCUGGAUGCUGCAUUGCAGGUCAAAGGACGAGAGAGCCGGCGCUGCCGCCAGGCUUUCGAAGGCCAACUGCGAGCCCCGAGGCCUGACAGCCGGACGCAGCGGCGCUACAUCCAGCCUCAGGACCAUCUGCGAUGGAGCGGCGCGGUUCCUGGCCAAUUCCCCGACUCCAAACCACAGGGGAUCCGCUGCAGCUCCACAUCUCCAACUUACCUGGACGUCAACGCAGCGACUGCGCUUGGCUCUGGUGCUCCAGAGGCAGCAUCCUCAACGGCCUUAGUCUGCUUCGGGCCAAGGUCGCAGACGCCACGCAAACGACGAGUCGGGGUCCAGGACAAUCUCGUCGGAGGAACUCUGCGAGGUCCAGCAUCUGGCAAGGUCGGAGAGGUCAGACCUUCCAGGCGACCUGUGGAUCAGGGUACGAGCUUGCUUGGAGGAUACCUGAGGUCCUCAUGCGAGGUGGACAGAGCACCAUCGCCCUUGCCGCAACGGCCGCAGGACAGUCUUGCCGGCAGUGCAUGUCUUCCCACCGUGAGGGCGAACUAG